AUGGAUGAAGUCCGCGAGCUGAGCAACCUGCAGGCCCCAGACCGGCUCCCAAGCUCUUCUACACACGAGUUGGCUACAAGCAACGAAGAGCCCACACUCAUCCCGGGGCCCAUAUCAGCGCAAGACGAUGGCCCUCGACCUCCCGACCUCCGGACAUGGCGAUUCUGGGCCAUCAUCAUGGCGUUGGGCAUCACGGGGCUCAUGUCCGCCAUCGAAGGCACCAUCAUCACAAGCGCCCUCCCAACCAUCACCAACGCCCUCGGCGGCGGCGACGCCUACAUCUGGGUCCCCAACGCCUACCUCCUCGCCCAAGUCGCCAUCCUCCCCCUCGCCGGCCAAGCGAGCAACAUCUUCGGCCGCCGCCACCUCCUCCUGGCCGCCGUCGCCCUCUUCACCCUCGGCGGCGGCCUCAGCGGCGGCGCCUCCUCCAUGGGCAUGCUCAUCGCCGCCCGCACCAUCCAGGGGCUCGGCGGCGGCGGCAUCAACCUCCUGAUGGAAACCAUCGUAACGGACAUCGUCCCCCUCCGGGAGCGCGGCCAGUACAUGGCCAUUGUGGGCAUCGGCGCCGUCGUGGGCGCCACCCUGGGUCCGUUCCUGGGCGGCCUCAUCACCGAUCAUGCAUCCUGGAGGUGGUGUUUCUACAUCAACGUGCCCAUCGGCGUCGCCUCUUUUGCGAUCCUGUUCGUCUUCCUCAGGGUCAAGUAUGACCGCGACCUGACCUGGUCAUCUCGCCUCCGACGCAUCGACAUCUCCGGCAACGCCAUCUUCGUCGCCGCCAUCGUCUCCGCCCUCAUCGCGCUCACCUGGGGCGGUACCAUCUACAGCUGGAGCACCUACCACAUCUGGACGCCGCGCCUCUGCCCAGAGCCCUCGUUCCCGCGACAAAUUGUCUCGAACCGCACCUCGGCCGCCGCCCUCGUCCUGACUUUCAUCCACGCCGUCGUCGCCUACUGGGCAUACUACUUCCUGCCAAUCUACUUCCAGGCCGUCAGGGCCCUCUCGCCUCUGCGCUCCGGAAUCUACACGCUACCCAACGUCGCCGGCGGGCUCGUCUUCGCCGUUCUGGGAGGCGUCCUCCUCUCCAAGUUUGGCCGGUACAAGCCCCUCCACCUGGCCGGCUUCGCCGUCACCACCAUCUCCUUUGGCCUGCUCAGCAUCCUCGACGCCCACUCCAGCGACGCCGCCUGGGUCUGCAUCCAGCUUCUCAACGCCCUCGGCAGCGGCAUGCUCAGCGGCGUGCUCCUGCCCGCGGUCCAAGCCCCCCUGGACGAGAGCUACGUCGCCACGGCCACCGGCGUCUGGAGCUUUGCUCGCUACUUUGGCUGCAUCUGGGGCGUCACCAUCCCGAGCGCCGUCUUCAACAACGAGUGCCGCCGUCUCGCGAGCACCGUCAUUACCGACGAGGACAUAGCUAGUAAGCUGUCGGGGGACAGCGCGUAUCAGCAUGCCACGGGCGCCUUUCUGCUUAGCAUUCAGGACCCGGAGCUUCGCGCAGAGGUGAUCCGAGUCUUUACCGGGGCGAUGCGGACGGUUUGGCUCGUUGGGAUUGCAUUUGCUGCGUUGGGAUUCUUGGUCAGCUUCGUGGCCAAGGAGAUUCAACUGCGGGAGGAGUUGCACAAUGACUUUGGGGUGGAGGACAAGAAGGAUGCUGCCGUCUCGUCCACGGCAAAUAUCGAGGUUCCAUCAUCUGAUCCAGUCUAA